AUGAGUCUGAGAGAACAAACCACCCUAAUCUCGUGGCCACCGAGUCGACCCGUAGGUGACGAGCUUGACGAAUCGAAAGAUAGCUUCAAUUCCCCUUCUUUCCUAUUAGACACAUCAUCCUCAUUAGACUCCAACUCGUCCCUCCUUCGCCGCGGCUCAGAACCUCCUCAAACUUCGCCUCCUGAAACGCAAGCUUCGGCUGAAUCUCAGUCGCGGUUUCUGGAGACGCAAGACCCAGAGUCCCAAUCUUUUGGGAACUACUCUGACGCCUCAUCGAUUGCCCGUUUUCCUUCCUUUCAUUUUAACCUACACACUCUCACGUCUCUUUCCUCCCUCGUUGAAAGAAAGUUUAAAGGGUCGGUCAAAAUCAGUUGUCUACUCGCCGUGUUGGAGGUCGAAGGUCCCGAUACAAUUCGUAUCAAAAACGGAGCUGAGGCCGGGAAGGAGGUGUCCAUUCUCAAAAUAGUAUUGGGAGACGAGGAGGGAACAGUCUGCAAACUCACUGCGUCGUGGAGAGAAAUUGCUGAGGAUUGGGGCGGUGCAGGCAAAGCGGUUGCAACGAAACGGGGGGAUAUCGUGUACCUAGAGAAUGUUAUGGCCUCCUGUGAUCCUGCAACGUCAAUCACCCUAUCACCAUCACCCUACCUGAAAUCGGUUCUAACUAUUUGCUAUCGCAGUAUGCCUUACUCCCACGAAGAUGGGAGGAUGAGGCCUGAUCUGCGUUUGGGGUUCAGUGACCCCGCUGUGCGCAAGGUCGCAGCCGUCGUAUCGUGGUUUGAAGACUUGGCUGGCCUAGAGCAGAUUUAG